AUGAAUAUGUUGGACGAUGAAGAUGACCAAAGCUUUCACGCUACGCGUGACGGCUACUCCCAUUUGAGCGAUGUCGAAUGGGAUGCGGUUGAACGAAUGGGUUCGACCAUGGGCAUCCAUGCUGUUAGCGUCAUGCUAGAGGCUCUCAAUAGAGAUGCCCAACAUGCUACUAUCGCCAAGUUCAUUCAAAAUGAACUUGACGCCGAACGCGAGAAAGUAGCCUUGCUUCACCAACAAGGUUCUCAACAAGCAGAGUUGUUGAGAGAACAGGGUGCUCAACAGUUUGAACUGUUGAGACAGCAGCAGGCUGCUGCUGGUGGGUCGAUGCACUCGCGUCGACCCGAGACUUUGAAGAUUGACAUCUCUAAGUAUAGGGGGGUCGAAGAGGACUCCCUCUUGAGAUGGUUCGUCGAAUUGGAUGACGCCAUAAGGGCGCGUCGCAUCGACGACGGGGAUAUGCAAGUUGAAUUUGCCCAGUCAAAUCUGGCAGGACGUGCCAAGACUUAG